AUGGGUCAUAGUGAAUGUUGGUGGAAUACCAACAUCGAAGAAGAAAUGUCCAGGAUCAACCCUGAGUGCUUCUACCUUUGGCCGACGAUGACUGUCAUUCAAAGGAUGUAUGAGAUCGACCAUGAUCUACCUGAAGCUCGUGAGCAAGCACUGCGCCAAAUUCUAGAAACACAAGAAAAACAGAAAGAGCGGCACGAUUAA